AUGCGGCUGAAUCUAAUUCGUGUAAUCGACUCCCGACAGAGGCUGUGUCACCUUCGUCUUCGUGUUUCUCCGGUUCCGCCGCUCGCCAGCCGGAUCCUACGGCCACCGGUGAUUCCAUCCCGACCGGCGAUUCGUGAAAGCUUGUUCCUUUCACGGGUGCGUAAGAUGGUUGAUGUGGAGGGUACAUAUGUAGAAGAUAGAAAUGAAGUGGGGAAAACUAGGAAGAAAAGGAAGAGAGAUGUAGAUGUGGAGGCUGCAUCUACAGAGGUUGUGGCUUCUCAUGCCGAAGGUAGAAAUGAUGAUGGGGAAAGUAGAAAGAAGAGGAAGAAAGUGAAGGAUGGUAGUUCUGUUGAUUCUAUUCCUAGAGAAGAUGGAAACAAGGUCAGGAGUGGAGAUAAUUCUUUGAACGAAAUUGAGACGGAGAAGUCUGACUCUUCAAAUGAAAGGAAGAAGAAGAAGAAGAAGAAGAAGAAGAAAAGGAAGAAUAGCAGUCUUCAUGAAGAGCCACCAUUGCUGGAAGCCAUGAAUGAGAAGUUUGGUGAUGAGGGUGUUGUAAUAGGAGAUGAUAAAGCGGGUGGGCGAAAGGGUAGGCUUGAGAAGAGUGGUGAGGAAGGACUUGAGACUGAGAAUUCAGAGCAGGUUACUGAUAGGAAAAGGGAGAAGAAGGAGAAGAAAAAGAAGAAGCGAAGCAUGGAUGAGGAGCCUGUAUUGCAGGAAGUCCCAGUUAUACAUGCUUGGGAUUCCGUUGAUGAAACUGUGACUGAGAACUCUGAGGAUCCAAAUGAAAGGAAGAAGGAGAAGAAGAAAAAGAAGCUAAGAAUUGAACAGGAGGCUGUAUCCCAUGGAGCCCCAGUAGGAGAUAAUGAAGCUAACACAAAAGAAGUUGACAAAGCUACAACUAAAAACUCCAAGUCUUCGGAAGACAGGAAGAAGGAGAAGAAGAAAAAGAAGCAAAGAGUUGAACAGGAGCCUGUACUGCAGGAAGCACCAUAUGGAGAAAAAGAAGCUAGCGCAAAAGAAGUUGGCAACGCUAUAACACAAAACUCUGAGUACUCCGAAGGCAGGAAGAAGAAGAAGAAGGAGAAGAAGCAAAAGAAGAAUAAAAGCAUUGAUCAGGAGCAGCCUGCAACAACUAAGUCUGGGAGAAGUGAUGGGAAGAGAGUUGAAAAAGAUGCUUCUGACAGCUCCCCAACAAAAUCUACAUCUAAGAGAGUAAGUUUUUCUGAAGAUGUGCAGGUGUUCCCCAUUUCUAAUGAUGAUGAAAGUACAGGUCAGGAUGAGGAAUUGGUGAGAGGGAAGCGCUUCUCACCGGAGGAAGACGAGCUCGUCAAAGCUGCUGUUUUGGAGUAUAUAACUUCACAUGCUCUAGGCGAUGAAGGUCUCAAAAUGGUUCUGAAUUGCCGUAAGCAUAAAGAAAUUAAGAACUGCUGGAAGGAAAUAGGGUUGGCUUUACCUUGGCGCCCCUACCAGAGUGUUUAUUACCGUGCUCACAUAAUAUUCGAAAGGGAUGGGAAUCGUAAAUGGUCGACUGAGGAGCGCGAGCUCGUGUUGAAGUUUCAUGAGAAACAUGGUUCGGAUUGGAAAACACUAGCCGAGGCUAUUGGCAAACACAGGAUUCAUGUUAAGGACGCCUUUCGAAGGCUGAAGGUGACAGAUUUAAAAUCCGGGAAGUGGUCCCAAGACGAGUACCAGACCUUGUUCGAUUUGGUGAACGCUGAUCUUCGCAUGAAGGCUUUCGAGGAGGAGAGGAAGUCGAAGCAUGGAAUGCUGAAGGAUAACAUAAGCUGGGAGGCGAUCAGCGAAAAGCUUGAUACGAGAAUACAGGCUCAUUGUUGCUCGAAGUGGUACAAACAGCUGACUUCACCCUUGGUUACUGCUGACCUAUGGCGCGAUGCGGAUGACUACCUGAUGGUGAUGGAGCUCUACAACUUGGAUGCUUGUUGCAUGGAGGACGUGGAUUGGGACAAUCUGUUGGAGCAUAGGACGGGAGAGUUGUGUCGAAGGAGAUGGAAUCAGAUGGUGAAACACCUUGGGGACACCAGCGAUAAGUCAUUUGCUGACCAAGUCGACAUCCUGUCGAAGAGAUACUGCUUUGAUGUGCUUGAAGCUAAAGAGGCUUACUAUAGCAAACCUUUGCAUUACCGUGUAUACCCUGGUCUUGCCACUGGAAUGCAGCAGUUCUUGUUCAUGGAAGUUUUUACCUGCUGCAGGUAUGAUCUGAUGGCCCCUGAGAAGCAGAGAAUAUUGAUGGUUUCGGAUUUCUUCUAUCCCAACUUUGGUGGCGUGGAAAAUCACAUAUAUUACCUCUCACAAUGCCUGUUAGAGCUUGGUCACAAGGUAGUCGUUAUGACUCAUGCUUAUGGUAAUCGCUCUGGUGUGAGAUACAUGACAGGAGGGCUGAAAGUUUAUUAUGUACCAUGGAGGCCAUUUGUGAUGCAGAACACAUUGCCUACUUUUUACGGUACCCUUCCAAUCAUAAGGACUAUUCUUAUUCGAGAACAGAUAUCGUUGGUCCACGGGCACCAGGCUUUCUCAACUCUUUGCCACGAAGCUCUGAUGCAUGCACGUACGAUGGGUUACAAAGUUGUGUUCACGGAUCAUUCGCUUUAUGGAUUUUCUGAUGUUGGAAGCAUCCACAUGAACAAGGUUUUGCAGUUCACUUUAGCUGAUGUCACACAGGCCAUCUGCGUUUCUCACACGAGCAAGGAGAACACGGUGCUUCGGUCGGGUAUUCCACCAGAAAAGGUCUAUAUGAUUCCAAAUGCUGUGGAUACGGCCAUGUUCAAACCAGCAGAAGAGCGACCCGGUGGCAAUGAAAUUGUUAUUGUUGUUAUAAGUAGAUUGGUUUACCGUAAGGGAGCAGAUUUGCUUGUUGAAGUCAUUCCUGAAGUCUGCCGGUUGUACCCCAAUGUCCGUUUCAUUGUGGGAGGUGAUGGGCCCAAACGUGUGCGCCUUGAAGAGAUGAGGGAAAAGCACUCCCUCCAAGAUCGGGUUGACAUGCUGGGUGCUGUUCCACAUGCUUCUGUGCGAUCUGUUUUGAUCUCUGGUCACAUAUUCUUGAACAGUUCUUUGACAGAAGCAUUCUGCAUAGCCAUAUUAGAAGCUGCAAGUUGUGGAUUACUGACAGUUCUACCAGAAGACAUGGUUGUACUUGCUGAGCCAGAUCCUGCCGAUAUGGUGCAAGCGAUCAAGAAGGCCAUAUCUCUGCUUCCAGAAAUCGAUCCUCAAGUUAUGCAUGAACGUAUGAAGAAACUCUAUGACUGGCAUGAUGUUGCCAAGAGGACAGAGAUAGUAUAUGAUCGUGCACUUAAAUGCCCCAAUCAACCUUUGCUUGGGAGAUUAUCACGGUACCUUUCUUGCGGUUCGUGGGCAGGCAAGCUUUUCUGCUUGGUCAUGAUUAUUGAUUUCCUACUGUUGCACCUGCUGCAAUUAUGGCAGAGAGGUCCCCCCACUGAGACAGCCGUCAAAACAGUUCGUUGGUUCCAUUCGAAAUUCAGCAUAAACCCUAGCCUGCCGGCGCGGCCCACCGGUCCCCUUUUUCUUUUGUCGGCGAUGGUUUCCGACACAAUCUCCGUUGCGGACCCACCGCUUUCCCUUCUCCCUCACCCAAUUACUACGACGACUACUCCAACAACUCAACAAUUCCUUCUCCCGGCGGCCGCCGCUCCGGCUACCCACCACCACCAGCAGGUCCUAUCUCCCGCCAAGAAGUCCCGCUCCCGCGACCGCCACAAGAAGGUUACCGGCCGGGGCACCCGGGUCCGGCUCCCCGCCGUCUGCGCCGCCCGAAUCUUCCAACUGACCCGGGAGCUCGGCCACCGAACAGAUGGCCAGACCGUCGAGUGGCUCCUUAAUCACGUCCCUCAUUCCCACUUCCCCACUCCUUCCUCCGCCUCUCAUCAAAGCUCCGGCGGCGGAGGGGAUGCGGACGGGUCGCCGUCUUCUGCUGCUGGGGAGAAGAUAAGACCCAGGAAAAAGCGAGGUGUUCCUUGUUUGAAUGAUCCGGCGAGUUGUGAUGCUGAUUUCGGCUCUGCUGCUUCUCCUCCCCCUCUGCCAAAUUGCCUGCCGAUGUCGACUGUUGUGACAGGAUCCAGCUCCCUGAUUAUGCCGCCGGUUGCCUCUGCAGCUGCCGUAGUUCCUCUGCCGCAGCCGCCGAUGAAGAAGGAAGUGUCCCGGCCGUGUGAGUUUGAGUUGUUUCCGGCGAAUUUAUCCUUUACUUCGUUGCUGAUGCAGUGGGAAAAGGACUAG